AUGAUGGACUCUAUCAGUGCCAGCGCCAGCGCCGCUGCUAGAGGCAGGACCGGCUGCUUGGCUGGUGGGAAGAGUAUUCAGGCUUUUGCCCACUCUUCUUUGUUGCUCACUUUAGUGGGCAUUUUGCAAAGGAUCGUUUCUUCUCAGGAAGGGAGGAAGGAAAAUAAAAACACAUCUCCAAGUAGAGGGGCAGACCGUGGAGUUCAGGCACCCUUGUCCCCAGGUUCCUGUUACAGCCGCUUAUGGGGCUUGGCUGCUCUGGGUCUCAAGUCUCAUGUGACCCCAGCAGGCUUGUGGAACUAG